UGCUUUCUCAUAAGAGAAAAUGUAUAACAGUCUGAAGAAAUCACCUGAAAUAGAUGCCAUUGUUUUUAAAACAUAAAAUCAAAUAGAUGGUCAUUCAUAUAGUACCAAAGAGGUCUCUGAAGAAAAUAAUAGUCAUGCUCACUCGCCAAAGUUUCAGAAAGAAAAAGAAUCCUUAACCCCAAAGGUCAUAAAAUAAAACACAUUUAUUUUACCACAUGAACUGAUAGUUAAAAGAUAGCAUAAGAUACUCAUUUAAAAAUGUAGCCUUGCUUGUGGUAGCCUGGGUCAAAUGAUCCUUUAUAUCAGAAAGAUAAAGACAAAAUAAUCACAUUUAGGUACUUCUUACCUCCCAUAAAGGAAGAAUAAUAUUUAAGUGACUGAUAAAUUUGAAAAGCUGAUUAUUCAUAAUAACCAUCAUGUUGGGGGAGUACAUGGAAAUCAAACAGAUUGUAUUGGGCUAUUUUAAAAAGUGACAUGAUAACUGUACUAUUUUUUUAGAAAAGAACAUAAGGUAGGAGUUCAAAAUAGUUAAACUAAUAUCUUAGAAAACUGUCCACGAGGAAGGUCAAAUUCACUUUCAACAUUUUUCAACAUGUAAAAAAGAUGCAGAGUAGAGAGAAACAUUAAAACCUCCCCACAAUUCUUCACGAAGCAAAUGUUAAAAUGUGGAACAUAAGCUCAGACAAAUACACAGAGAUGAGUAAGGUCCAGAUCUGCUGUGUGUGAGGCAUUCCACCCUACAGCACAUCUGACACGUGUAGGUAUGCUUAAAGCCAUAAAUUUAGAAAAAAAAUUUGGGUCCAUUUUGUUGCGAGUGCACUUCUUGCAAUAAAUUUGAGUCAGCACCAAUGAAAGCUCUGCAGUCCUCCGAUGUGGUACUGAUCAGGUGGUUGCAGAGCUUCGGCUCACAGCAACACAAUGCAGCUGAGCAGGCAAGCACAGCCCACAGCCAGAAGCGGUUCCUACUCUCCAGAACAAGACGACCUUUAAGCUUAAGUUCCCCGGAGAAAAUGAGAUGCUGAUGCUGAUGCUGAAGACGACACUAUGGCUUUGAUGGAAUAUCAGAUACUGAAAAUGUCUCCCAGCCUGUUCAUCCUUCUGUUUCUCACACCUGGUAUUUUAUGCAUUUGUCCUCUCCAAUGUAUAUGCACAGAAAGGCACAGGCAUGUGGACUGUUCAGGCAGAAACUUGACUACAUUACCAGCUGGACUGCAAGAGAAUAUUAUCCAUUUAAAUCUGUCUUAUAACCACUUUACUGAUCUGCAUAACCAGUUAACCCAAUACACUAAUCUGAGGACCUUGGACAUUUCAAACAACAGGCUUGAAAGCCUCCCUGCUCAAUUACCUAGGUCCCUCUGGAAUAUGUCUGCUGCUAACAACAACAUUAAACUGCUUGACAAAUCUGAUACUGCUUAUCAGUGGAACCUAAAAUAUCUGGAUGUUUCUAAGAAUAUGCUGGAAAAGGUUGUCCUCAUUAAAAAUACACUAAGAAGUCUUGAGGUUCUCAACCUAAGUAGUAACAAACUUUGGACAGUUCCAACCAACAUGCCCUCCAAAUUGCACACUGUGGACCUGUCUAAUAAUUCCUUGACACAAAUCCUUCCAGGAACACUAAUAAACCUGACACAUCUCACACAUCUUUACCUGCACAACAACAAGUUCACAUUCAUCCCAGAUGAAGCUUUUGACCAACUCUUUCAGCUGCAAGAAAUAACCCUUUACAAUAACAGGUGGUCGUGUGACCACACACAAAACAUUACUUACUUAUUGAAGUGGAUGAUGCAAACAAAAGCCCACGUCAUAGGGACUCCCUGUUCUAGCCAAAUAUCAUCUCUGAAGGAACAUAACAUAUAUCCCACACCUUCCGGAUUUACCUCAAGCUUGUUCACUGUAAGUGGGAUGCAAACAGUGGACACCAUUAACUCUCUGAGUGUGGUAACUCAAUCCAAAGUGACCAAAAUGCCCAAACAAUAUCGAACAAAGGAAACAACAUUUGGCGCCACUCUAAGCAAAGACACCACCUUUACUAGCACUGACAAGGCUUUUGUGCCCUAUGCAGAAGACACAUCCACAGAAAUGAUCGAUUCACAUGAAGCAGCAGCUGCAACUCUAACUAUUCAUCUCCAAGAUGGAAUGGUUACAAACACAAGCCUCACUAGCUCAAAAAAAUCAUCCCCAACACCCAUGACCCUAAGUAUUACCAGUGGCAUGCCAAAUAAUUUCUCUGAAAUGCCUCAACAAAGCACAACCCUUAACUUACGGAGGGAAGAGACCGCCACAAAUGCAAAGACUCGUUUACCUUCUGCGGCCAGUGCUUGGAAAGUAAAUGCGUUGCUUCUCUUACUGUUCGGUGCUGUGGUCGUGCUGGCUGCCUGAGGGUCUGCAUUGUCUGCAACUAAUGAAAGAACUCCUCCCUGAUGUACAGUUGGGAAACUAUGCCCCCAUCUAACCAGUGAUUCAAAUAUAUUAAGUAUUCAAGAAAGCCAGUGUUACGUUUCUGAUCUGAUGUAAAUGAAGUAAUUUGUCUUAAAUAAAAGAAGUGCACAAUGUCUUGGUACUUGCUGCUAUUUUACUGUCUUAAGUAAAACUAAUGAAUUUCUUUUUUUAAAUGAAAUGUUUUCUUUUUAAGGCUUCAAUUUAUUGCACAAGAUAUAAAGCAUCUUAACUUUAAUAUGUAUUUUAUGUAUGUUUACACUGUCAAACAUCUGGGAAAAAAUAAAUGGUCUAUGCUCAUAAUGGUGUCACUUGGCUUUCCAGUCAUACCAACUUAAUCGACUAACUCAGUGAGGCUUACAGUGACCUAACCAUUUUUGUCCUAGGGUGCCUUGGUCAAGUCUUUAUGGUAAAUGAGAUGUUGGAGGCAUCCAAGGGUUUUGCCACUGGAGUAAAGCUGUGGUUGCCACCCCAUGAAUGAUUAUGCCAUGUCGUUACUUUAUACACAAGCCAUAAUUGUUUUAAAUCUAGAUGAUGUCCUGCUUCUGAGGAACUCUUGGCUACUUUACAGAUUAUAUAAUGGACAAAAGCUCUUCAAAAAGCUAGAAGACACUAGGCUUUGCAUUUUAAUGAGGAAAGUUUAAUGGCUUUGUUUUUUGCAUUUAAGAAGGUAUUAAAAACAAUAAAAAGUUUAGGUUUAAAGUCAUAUAAAGGAACAGUUUUAGUGUAUAUUUAACAAAUCAUUUAUUAAUGGAAAUUUAAAUACUUACAAAAUUAAAAGUCUUCUAUGUGCAGGGGAGAAAAAUUUAUUUUUUACACAUGAGAAAUUAGAAUCUGAUUUACCUCAAUUAAAAAUGAGAUUUAGUUUCAGAAUAAAAUCAUGGGGACCUAACAAGCAUGGGCAAUACUGAGGGAGAGAGGGCAAGGAAAAGAAAAGCAGGAAGGAAAAAAGAAUGGGACUCAUUUUGAGCUACAACCAGAUGAUGAACCCAACAAAACAGACAACAGGACUAGGUCUGCGCAUGAGACAAAUCUUAAUACUCCAAAUCAAACUGCACUAGGAACCCAACUAGAAGAAAAUCAAGAAUUUUCUUCAAAUAUAAAAGUAAACCACCUUAUGAAUUAGAUAAAAACAUAAAUAGUAGCCAAUAGUCGGAAAAAGAAGAGCUGAAACAAGGCUAGAUUAAAAUGCGGGACAGUGUUUCAAAAUGUGUGAGCCACAAAUGAGGUGCUUAAUUUGUGAGACGUAAGGAAGAACCUACUUCAAGCACUCCUAGAGUUGGGGAAAAGAAUACAGAAAGAAAAUUUUAUGCUCCUUCCUAAGAAAUUUUAAAAUUAAGAUAGACUUCUUUCCAGAUUUGGGAACAUUUCUAUUGAGGGGGAGAGGGAAGGGAAGGGUAAGAAGAGCCUUCUAAUGCACUUCUUUUUUCUUUUUAAAUGCCAGGCUUAUGGAAAAAUUAUUGUUAAACUUCAAUAAAGCAAUUCUUCUCCUAUGCUGACUAGUGAAGUGGCUCUUGAACAUUUUUCUGCCCCAGCAAACCUAACUGGCUCACUAGAUUGGGGAAUUUCACAAUGAAGAAAAGGGGUUAUUUGAAAUAAUCUGCUCAAUGGUUUUAAAAUGCAUUACUUUUCCAAAGGAGCAAAUCAUUCUAACUUCCUCCCAAUCACUGAUCUACUAUCUUCACUACUGAUGAUAGAGGCUAACUGCUUAUUUUCUACUCUACCUCACACUAGUAUUGUGUUU